AGACGCCAGACAACCGUAUAUUAUUUGUUUCGGUUACAAUUACUAGUCAUUGAUGGUGGCCUCCUGGCAUUGAGAAAUAUACUGGACCAGUCCCUGAAAUCUCAAUGCAUUACUUUCAGUGCGUGCUUGAAUCAAGGAAAGUCAACAAUAACACAUUUGAAAAGCCGCGGCGUAAUAACCCAGGUCCAAUAUGACGUGUUGUUUCCAGCGGGUGGUAAAGUCCCAACUUCGUCAGAUUUGGACAUCACGCUGAUCAUUUGUCUUCUCAGAAACCUGAAAUGUUUCGGGCUAAAUAAAAAAUUUGACUGGAGGGCAACACCAGCACCAACCGAUGUAACAAUGGAGGCAGACAUAUAUCGGUUGAAGGAUUUCCGAAAUAAAAUAAGUCAUAUAUCAACAACGACUGCAAUAAAACAAAAUGUUUUUACAACUUGGUGGAAUUAUAUUGAACAGAUACUUGUUCGUCGAAGUUCUCAAGCUGUGAAUAUUCAGCAAACAAUUGCCGAAUUCAAAACUUGCCCCCUUGAUCUGGAGGAAGAGAGAAGGAUACAGGAAGAAAUAAAGAAGUGGAAGGACUGUGAAGCCGAUGUUGAUCGACUGAAGCAGGAAAUGACAGACGUGAAAGAAAAUGUAACCGAAGUGAACAAAUACCUUGAAAGCAUAAAGGAAAAUGUAACUGAUGUGAAGAAAGACCUUAAAGACGUAAAAGAAAAUGAUACUGCAGUGAAGAGAGAUCUUGAAGACAUAAAGAAAAAUGUAAUUGAAGUGAAGAAAGGCCUUAUAAAGAUCAAAAGACGGAAAGGGACAGAGAAAAGUAAUGAAAUACAAAAAGUGGAGAGAAACUAUCAAAAUCUCAAGAGGGAGCUCAAAGCUGGUUUGAUUGAAUUCUACAAAACGAGACACAGUAAAAUUUUCCUGUCGCCCCUUUUCGAAGAAAAUGACACGCCUUUGGUUUCUUUCUACAUAAGACCUGAAUUGAACUUCAUAAUCCCAACACACACGAGAAAUGAUGAAACAACACCAGUUAAAUCGUUAUCCGCCAUGUUUAAAUCCGGAAAUCAAUCUUACCGAGAAAUACAUGUUAUUGCUGAUGCUGGUCUCGGAAAAACUGCAUUUUCAAACUAUCUGGCGAUCACGUGGUGUCAAGCUAAUUUUCCAGAUAAAGACAUGACUCGAAAUGAAGAUAUAGACUGUAUGAGGGGAUUUGAUUUCGUAUUUCUGGUCUUACUGCGAGAUUCGAACGAUUUAUGUUCUAUAGAUGAUCUCAUAUUUAAAAAGAUUGUUUUAAAUUUGGGUCUGCAAAAAAAACCCUCUGAGGAAUUUCUUCUUACAAUUUUGAAAAAUGAGAAAUGCCUCAUUAUACUUGAUGGACUGGAUGAAUGGACCCACCCCGAAAAAGAAUGUCACAGAUCGCCGCGAUCAAUCCCCCAUAGGAAUGACCGAGAAAGUUGUACAAUAGUGACCACUAUGCGACCAUGGAAAUUAGGAGUUUUGAAUCUCAAUUCGUGCCAGAUAGGAAAAAAGGUGGAACUUUCAAAACUAAGUUACAAAUCAGCAGUUACACUAACAAUAAGGAUAUUACAAAGAUUGAAAUCUCAGUCGAAUAAGGAUGCAUUACGACGUGAUGUAACAGCGUUCAUAUUAGGAAUGAAAGGCAGACAAAGCGAUGAACUUACUUCUGUGCCUCUACUUUUGAUAUAUGCAAUUUGUUUAUGGUGUGACGGUGUUCAAAUAGGAAAUUCAAAAUGUGAACUCUAUGUAAAUAUAGUUGAACUGCUUUUGUCAAGAACGAUUCAGAAGCAUGGAGAUCUUCAAGAAUUGUGUGACCUUUCUGAUACUGACAUCCCAGAAUGCUUUGCUGAAUAUGAAAACUGCACUAAAUACUACCCGUUCCUGGUGCAUAUAGGAAACUUAGCUUAUUAUACAUUAUUUAAUGAAACAAGAGAAAACACGCUAGUAUUUGAUGGAUCAGUUGCUAAAAGAUAUCUCACACCAGAAGAGAUGAAAUUCGCCUUUCACUCAGGAAUAUUGUCAGAAAGUACAUCUAAAACAUUAACAAAAAAGUUUAGUAAAGUAUCGUUUUCCCACAAAACAGUGCAGGAAUACUUUGCCGCAAUAUUUAUAAGUUCUGAAAAUGAGGCUCAGAAAAUUGUUCUAGGAAGAUGUAGAACUGUUCAAGACAUUCUGGACAUGUCAAAAAUUUGUGAAUUUAUAAGUAAAAUGAAUGCUGACCUGAUGUGUGUAAUAUCAAAUGAUUUGAUGUCUGUGAUAAAUGAAGACGAGGAAACACGCGCCUAUAGAACUAGGACAGGUUCCGGGGACAGGUACAUGAACAAUAGUCCAUUGUCUAACAUACAGAACAUGUUCAUUUCGUGUUUACAAGAAAUGCCUGAUAGCAAAAAUAUUCAAUUAUUUUUACAAGAUUUCUUCAUUGACCCGAACACCGAGCACAGUGAGCAGUUGCAACAUUUGUUAAAACAAAAUAAAACCAACAUAAAAUCACUUUAUAUAAACGCCGGCGGUACUUCUAGCAGUUUACGUGGAAUUCAAGAUUUAUUCCUUCUCACAGAUCUCAGUCAUGUACAGAAACUUUGCUACAUUGGUGACAGGUGGAAGGAGACUGAGUUAAAUCGGAUAUUGUUCCCCAAUUUACAGGCCGUAACUUUGGUGUCUUGUCAAUGGACAAAUGAUGAAGAAAAUCUGAGUAAAAACUUGGCGCGAUAUCAUAACUUACAACAUUUUUAUAUUGCCAAAUUCACGUUAUCUCACAAAAUACUGGAAACAAUUUUCAAUUUUAUCUCCGGUCAAAAAUCAAUAAAAGAGGUAACCUUGCAGUACUUACACUGUAAAGAUCAUCAUGGCGGCCAUGAUUGUAAGAGAUUGAAUUUGGACUUGUCUAAACAUUCAUCUCUAUCAAAAUUAGACUUGCGGGUGUUACCUUGGAGGCUACAAUUAAAUACAACAACACCGUCAUUAGUUAAAUUUGCGGGAAUCAAUCUUGAUGAAAGUUCAUUGUUACUGUCACGUGACAUGUUGAAUAUUGAACUUGUGGAGUUGGUGGGGAUAGAAAUGGCUUCAGGAAGUUUACAGAACUUUAUUACCGUACUUGAAAAUCUGCCAAAGUCAGUUACAGUAAAGAUGAAAGAUAUUAAACCCGAAACAGAAUAUGAAUGUGUUAGAGAAAAUAUUCGGAGAACACAAACUUUUCAUGUGAUACCCCGCGACUGGUGGAAGCCAUUUGAGUUCAAAACAAUAAAAGCAAUCAAAGAAUAGACAAGAAAAAAAACAUAGUUAAAUAACUGAAGAAAAAAUGAGCUACAGUGAAACUACAGUGACAAUGAUGACAUUAUGCAAAUCUACUAGAACUCAAUAUAAGACGACAUUACGCUUCUACGAGAAUUCAAAUAUAAAGACGUAACACCUGGUUCCUAGCAUUACAAGAUCAUACACGGAAGAAAAACAUUCUAAAAUGUUGCGUGAAAUCUUCUAAUUCCUGGCUUAACCAGAAUCAGACUAACAAAUGUUUGAAUAGGUAAUACCAUAUACAUGUACCUUUUUUCUACAAUAGGGAUUUACGUGUAAAAAGAAAUAAACACCAAGAACCAAGACAGCUGUCAAAAGUUCCUUCAAAAUAUUUUUUUGUGAAUUACAGUCAUACCGUAAAAACAUAGAUCAAACUUCAGUGUUAAAACAGCUAUUUAUUUGAAAAUAUGGUUUAAAUAUAAUUUAUUUUUAUCACAUCUAGGAUAUAAAGUAUAGCGGGACAAGUAACUACCGACUGGAUUAACAGUCUUACCAGAUUUUUUUACCUGACAACCGGUCUAUUGAUAGAGUUUAAAUUAUAUUUUUAUACUGUAAAUUUUAAAACAAUACAAUGAAAAAAUCAUAAAAAGAUCAUUUAGUUACUAAAGGACGACACAAUUCCUUCUGGUUUAAAUAUUUCUCUUAUGUACACUAAUUACUACGGACCAAAUAGAAGGUUAACCGGCUAUAAAAAAGACAAUACGGCGGCUUUUGGUCAAAAAGAAAACUUAGCACUAUUCUACUGUUGCUUGUCCCAUUAUAUUUUGUCCUAGAUCCAAUGAAAACAGACGUUACAUCUGUACUGUAAUAUAAAAGUUAUUUUCAGAUAUUUAAUUAGAUAUGCAUGUAUAGAUUUUAUCUGCAGUUUAAGAGUAAAAUGAUAGAACAAGCAUAAGAAUUGUUAUACAAAAACUAAUUGAUCAUUAAGAUGAAUAUUAAUUGUAACGAAACAAAUACUUAUAGUCUUAUACUGGUAUUUUAUUAAGACCAUAGAUGUUUACCUUUGCAGAACGCCUAUAAUUUUUGAAUGUCUGUAUAAUUAUAGUUUGAAUUUAAUUUUAGUUGCUUUUUUAAUUUUAGAAGGGUUACUUCAUAAUCAAAACAUAACAAACAUUUCCAUGUUGUAUUUUGAUAUUCGCGAUAACUGUACAAAUUUUCAUUUAAUGAGGUAUUACAUUCAAGAAAAUACAAAUCAUUUAUUAUGCUUAGAUUCGUUUGUCAAUAAAAAGUUGGUGUGUAUACAUUAAAGGCCCAUUAAGCACAAUAUGCUACACGUUUUAUUUCUAAAACAUUUUUCCUGUCACUUUUGGCCAUAUAGAUUAAGUUUAUUUUUUCUCCAUUUGCUACUUGUUUAAUCAAAUUAGAUUUAGAAUAUGUAUUGAAAUAAAAAAAAAUAUAGUGUAUGCAUAUUGCUACCUUUCCAACACACCAUUGCACAUGCAGCUAUACUUUCUUCAAUUACUUUAAAUCUUACCUAGACGAAUUAAACAUUAUUGGGUACAGGUUUGUCUUUUAUAAAGAAUAAAAACAUGAGGCAUUGUGCGCCUUUAUAAUUCAAAUUUGUACAGAAAUAAUCUCAUUGUUUUGUAAAUCCAUGUUCUAGUCAGUCUUUUGUUUUGUUUCAGUUGACCAAUUGAUGUAUAUAGCUUUAUAUAUAUAAUACUGGUUUUAUUUUUGAGUAACUGUAUAUAUUGUCUUAUUUGUCAAAUUACUAUGUUUAUAUGCAUACAUUCAUCCAGGUAUAUGAACCUGCAUUAUUUAAAGAUACAAACACACAGUUAUGUAACACAAUAAUAAUAUAUUUAGAAUGAUGAAAUUUUGACACGUUAAUUUGACGUCGUAUGUGACGUCAUUUUAUCAUAAAUGCUGUUCAAUUCAUAGACAUUUUUGAAUGAGUGUAGUUUUAAUACUUACUUCAUUGGUCAAAUUGAAUAAAAAUUGUACUAUGCAGCCUCUUGCGAGCAUCAUAUUGUUUAAUCCAACGAGUAACAUAGAUUUAGUACUGAAUCCAAACAAAGUGAUAUUCUAUUUCUCACAUUAUAACGGUUUACAUAUAGCAUUUUAUUCAUUAGUUACGCGCGUAUAGUAAAAUGCUUACAUUAGUGUGCUUUAAAUUUGCUUUUUUUUGUAUAUAACGCAAAUGACUACACAUAAAAGUAUUGUUACCACUAUGGUACUAUAGCGCUACAUCGGCUUAUUACAUUGCUUUUUUGUACACAUUUGUACCUUUGUUUAUGUGAUUAAUCUUUUUAUUAUCCAUGUACAUGUUUGAGUUAAUGCUCAAUCUUGUAUGAUGUUGUUUUGAAUGGUAUUGAGUUGCAAAUUGACUAUU